AUGCAAAAUAUUAAAUGUGGUGAGGUUGGUUUAAAAAAGCAAGACAGCAACCAUCACAUGACAGUUUCUGUUGAAUUUUAUGCUUCUUCCAGGGGUCUCUUCAGUGGCCUGAAAACCACCUGCUGUGAAGAGACCAGAUGUUUGGGAGUAGGACACAGUUUGGCCUCCCACUGUGGCCCUCUACCUGUGAUCACUGGUGCCAUGGGAACAAGUAGAGCCAACAGGUACAGCAUUGUGUCUGAUACUUUACCAGAGGAAGAAAGGCAAAAGAUUUCUAGCUUAGGACUCCAUAACGGCCACAGUUCACCCAGAUUCAGACUGCACUUGGCCUGCACCUCAGAAGGAGAAGACAGGAGGAGGUCAGGAACCUCCGCUAUCGUGCCCAGCACGACGGAGCAAGGAGUGAUGAACAACUACAACGGAAAGGUUCUGACAAGGGGCUCCAACCAAGUACGGAGCCGAUUUGUGAAGAAAAAUGGACAAUGUAACGUUGUGUUCACCAACAUGGAAGAAAAGGGGCAGCGCUUUCUAGCUGACAUCUUCACCACCUGUGUGGACAUCCGCUGGAGAUACCUGUUGGCUGUAUUCUGCACCAGCUUUCUUGUCUCCUGGCUGUUUUUUGGUUUAAUCUUUUACACUGUUGCCCUGGCACAUGGGGACUUUGAAGAGCACCCUACACUGAAGGGUGAUGGACUGACACCUGGAGGUCUGCACGGAGCCACAUCUGGUCAUACAACUGGAGAGCAAGCACAAAGGAUGCCCUGCAUCCUUCACGUUCAGGGGUUUAUUGGGGCGCUCCUGUUCUCCAUGGAGACCCAAACUACUAUUGGUUACGGAUGGCGCUGUGUUACCGAGGAGUGCCCUGUUGCUGUAAUAACAGUGGUGAUACAGUCCAUAGUAGGCUGCAUCAUUGACUCUUUCAUGAUUGGCACCAUUAUGGCCAAGAUGGCUCGGCCAAAGAAGAGGAACCAGACCCUCAUGUUCUCCAAAAAUGCUGUCAUUGCGCUGCGUGAUGGCAAGCUGUGCCUCAUGUGGAGGGUGGGGAACCUGCGGAAGAGCCACAUUGUGGAGGCUCACGUCCGUGCCCAGCUCAUACGGUCGUAUGUCACAGCUGAGGGCGAAUUCAUCCCUUUAGAGCAGAUGGACCUCAAUGUGGGCUAUGAUGAGGGCACAGACAGGCUGUUUCUAGUAUCUCCACUGGUUAUAGUCCAUGAGAUAGACAAAGAUAGCCCCUUGUAUACUCUGAGCCGAGCUGAUCUGGAGGCAGAUGACUUUGAGGUCGUUGUGAUCCUGGAGGGAAUGGUGGAGGCCACAGCCAUGACCACCCAGUUCCGUAGCUCCUACCUUUCCAGAGAGAUCUUCUGGGGCCACAGGUUUGAGCCUGUGAUCUACGAGGACCGUGACCGCUACAAGGUAGACUACGCACGCUUUCACAAGACAUACGAGGUGCCGUCAAUGCCCCAUCUCAGCGCCAAAGAGCUGGAUGAAGCUGCGAGCAUGGCUUCUUCCGCUGCUUCUCCUGCGUCUGCAUGCAGAGCGACAAAAGACUUGAUCCCCAUGUCACUUAACGCUUUCUGCUAUGAGAACGAGGUGGCAUUGAGCUGUGGGGAGGAAGAGGAUGAUAUAUUUGACUCUUCUCAGAUUGUAGGGAAGGAGAGGGCAGAGGAGAGAAGGACUUCAGUUUCUGUUGACUUCCAAAAUAUGUUCCACGACAACUCGACCGUGACUUCAGGCAGUCACAAUGUCAUGUGUGUUCUUGACAUGGACAAUAACCAGAUGGAGUUUGAUAUCUUACAGACUGCAAUUCCUCUUGAUCCAGUGACCUAUAAGAGCGAGCAAGAGAUUCAGUGAGAAGGGGAAGGGUAUAUGGUCUCCCAUGCUCCUCCUGUUUCUGGACCUGUUUUCUGCAUGUCCCAUACCCCUUUUGCCUUUCCAGUGUUAUUUUAUAUUCACAUUCAGUGGCUCAAAAGUAAGAAAUGUUUCCUAAAUAGUUUUGUGAUGGAAUUUCUUAGAGCUUUUGUCAAAGGUUCUUUGUGCAGAAUAAGUCUGGCUUUUUUUAUUUUGGCUCCCGACAGGAUUUUGGCUCUUUUAUUAUGAUUUGACAAAGGAAAGCACAGUGGCAGAAAAGCCCACGAACUUGGACUAAGAAAUGUAUAUUUUGCAUAAUUUAAAUGUUCUUUAUCUUAACUUAAUUUCUAUGUGAACAUAAACAAUAUAUUUUAUGAAAGAAAUAGCAAUUCUGAUUUGAAUUCUCUUUAUGAAGAGAACUGAAGUUCUUCAAGUUUUAUGCUCGAUAAACUUCAGCCGGUUCGUGGAUCAUCAUGCUGACAAUAGUUUCCCACAUUGUCUUUUAUAUUCCCAUUUGUAUUGAAGCUUGUUUCUACUGCUGAAAGAAGUCAGAAUAUUUGACUUACAAAUGUACAUUGAAAUGGAAAAUAUUUGUGCGCUGCAAAUGUUGAAAUUUAGAGGAGAGAAUCUUCUAUAUAAACGUUCAUUCAAGUAUAUUUCCUAAAACUGCCCUAUAAUAAGUUAUUUAGCAUACAUUAUUGAUAAACUUUUUGAUUUUGUACAGUAGCAAAAAAAAUUCUAAGUGCAAUCACUAAGUGUAACAGAAGAUGUUUCCUGAAGAACAUAAUAAAAUUUCCUUAAGAUAAACUUAGAGGGAUGUCACUGGAUUUAAAAUCUAAUGUUUAAAACAUAGUUUUGAGCUUAAAGUUGAUUUGUUAAAAUGCUUAAUUUUAUUAGUGUAUCAAGACUAAAAUAACUUUAUUAAGUUAGGAUAAUGAUUAAAAAGUAGAGUACACUAUAAAAAAUUGUGUAAAAAAAAAGGGGGGGGGGGGGGGGGGGGGAAUGUC